AUGGCAAACUAUAAUCAAAAAGUCGAGGCGGAUAACAGGAAGUUUGUUCCGUCAAUUAGAAGUAUCCUGUAUCUCAUUGGAUUUGUGCUCAUCUUCGCCCUUACGUGCGCGGAGCUUGGGCUUGUCUCACAGCAGAUUCACAAAUAUGGGCGCUUCGCUGAGAACUACGCAUCGCUCCAGUACAAGAACGUGCUCGGCCUCCUUCUCUGCGCGUGUCUCGUCUCUCUGCUCGUCACCAUAUUCCAUUUAUUCCUCAACGUUGGCUUCGUUGCGUUCUUUUCUCUGGUUCUUGCGGUAUUCUUUGGUACGGGCGCAGGCGUGAUUCGCACCGCGACGCCCUUCCGUGGAACGAGCUGUGGGCGCCCAGCGGAUGCGUACCCGGAAAAGUGGCAACGCUUCGCACAUGAGUGCUCGCGCAUUGUCUCAAUAGAAGCUGUCGCUUGGUCUCUUUGGGGAUUCUUGCGGGCGACACCCGGAGGGUUCUAUGGAUCGCACACGCGUUCUGUCUAA